AUGGACCCCCCCUCGGCGACAACGACAACGUCCGCCACCCCUCCCAUAGGGUCCACGACCGGCUUCCAUCCUAGCAUGCCCACCAUCACCACCACCUCGGCUGACCUCGCCGCCUCCAUCCCCUCCUUCGCUGCCGCCCGCCGCGCAAGAGCCGAUACCCUCCCCUCAAGACCCUCCGUCUUUCUCCAGGACCCAACUGCCUCUCCUCAAGGCCUCGCCGGAACCACCGCUGCCUACUCGCUCGGAGGCAAGAAUCCUCCAGGCACACAGAGACCCCUCCGGAGGACUCCAAGCUUGCUCGUCCCACCGCAAUUAUCGACACGUCAUCGAUCCGGGUCCCUGACUUUACCCUCUGCCUCAAUUUCAGCUGCCUUUGGGCCCUCAAUCUUUACAUCCUCGUGGGGCGACCCAGACUCGCCUUCAGGAGACCGCCCAGCUACCACCCCAACGACGCGCGAGAUGCUCUUUGACUCGGAAAACGAGAAUGCUAUCAUGAGCACCCUUGAUGCCCUCGGAUUGGAUGAUCCCGUCCAGUCCGGAAACACUGGUGCCGGCUCCACCAUUAACAGCAUGAACAUAGGAAUCAUCAGCAACGCCAACGCCAGCAAUACCAGCACCGGUAACGGCGCCCUUCCUCCAGGCAUCCAUACUAACCAUAGAGUGGGAGUCGACUUGCGCAGCCGAUCUGCAUCUUUCGCCUCGUCUGCUCUCUCCCAUCUCGAACUCGGCUCUUCCCGUGGAUCUCCUACGCCCUCGAUGUCGUCUGGCUUGGGCAUGGGCGGUCUUAGCAGCAGAAGUAACAGCAUCAACAGCCUCAGCAGCAUUGGCGGUCUCAGCACCGUCAACAGCCUCAAUCUCAACGGCAUGAACGGAAUGAACGGCAUGAACGGUAUGAAGAACGCUGGCUCUACUGGCAGCCCUAACACUGGCGGUACCAAUGGUCACAUCAGCAGCGGCAGCAUCUCUGGACUCUCUAUGCCCGACAUUCGCCUGGAAAAAUCUCUUGCCCACUCUCUCUUGAAGCCCGGCGGUGUCAGCUUUGCCAACAGGAUCCGAUCAUACUCUGUCUCCACUCCCCCUGCCUACCAAGAAGUUCUUGAAGAUGAGUUUGAGGACGAAAUUGGCCAAUUGACCUCCAGUUCGCCUUCCUCGGGAUCAUCCAGCACCUAUAUCUCUUCCACAGCGGGCGGCGUUCACCAGUUCCAAACGUUCCAGCAAACCCAUUCUCGACCUCGUGCCAUCAGCAUGGGCUUUUUGGAGAUUCCUCAUGAUAUUGCGGACGAGCAGCGCAAGUUUGCGAUGGCUGGCCCUCGUAGCUACAGUGACAUGAAGGCUCGUCAGACACAUCAGCGAACGACCAGUGCUGGCGCUGAUAUGCUUUCAGAGAUUGUCAACGGUAUGGGAGGUUCUCCCGACAAGGCUACAACCUCCAAUGGACUGGCCAAUGGCACUCCUUCCACAGCUACAACCACUGGAAGCAGCAAUUCGAACAGCAGCAGCGGCAACGGUGGCAAUGGUUCCAAUGGCGCAUCUGGUCAUUCGCACUCGCACUCCCUCUCUCACAGUUACAGCAGCCAAUUGCACGCACAACAGUUACAACAACAACAUCAUGCCCGGCCUCAGCGACCAGGACAUCAACACAGCAACAGCUUCAGCGGACGAGGUCUGGCGGACGAGAACAACUUCAGCCACCUCCUGUCUAAUGGUCUCGAUAUUCAGGACCAGAGUCUUAAUGGAGCUUCAACACCCCCCUUCCAGGACUCGACCUUGUCCUCAGCCGCUGCUGCAGUGACUCAACAGGUGCCCACCCGUUCGCUCUGGAUUGGAAAUGUCGAUCCCAAUUUUACCACCAACGAUUUGAUGCAGGUCUUUAGCCCCUUUGGCCCUGUUGAGUCCCUCAAGGUUAUUCCAGACAAGGAAUGUGCAUUUAUCAACUUUACACGAGUUGAGGAUGCUAUGAGAGCCAAGGAGGACAUUUCAGAACGUCGUGGAGGCAGGAUCGGGAAUGCCACUGUCCGUGUCGGUUAUGGAAAGGCUGAGUUGAUGAACAACGCCGAUGCCCCCGUCCUUCACCCAACUCGCGCCCUCUGGAUCGGAAAUAUCCCCGCUUCGACAACGCCUGCCGCGCUGCAUGCCAUGUUUUCUCACUUUGGAACCAUCGAGUCGGCCCGUGUCUUGACGCACAAGUCGUGCGGAUUUAUUAACUUUGAAAACAUGGAGGAUGCUGUCAUUGCCAAGAAGGUCAUGCACGGACAAGAGGUCUUUGGCCCCGGUACUGGAGCAGUGCGUAUUGGAUUCGCCAAGGUUCCCACGAAGCAGUCGCCCAGCGACAGCCCCUCGCCUGGUCAUGGCGAUCCUUUGGAUGUCGCUGCAGAGAGAGCUUCCGGCGCUUCCAACAGAGCCUCCAGGCAGGAUUUGGACAGUCCUACUGAGCUUGACCGUAUGCUUUCCCUGAUGACUAUGGCUGGUAAGAGUCAGGCGGCCUUGAACGGUGAACGAGAGCUCUCCUCAGACCAAGAUCCUGCCUUUGAGCGUUUGGCCAUGCUGCAGGAGUUUAAUGUGGAGGGCGAGCCCGAGCCUGCGCAGGAGCCCGUUCCUGCUUCCUUGACAGAGCCUGUCACUUACUUUCCGACGAUCCCUGCAGUUGCAGAGCCUUCUCCUCACCGCCGCCUGGAUGCCCCCCGUUUGAGAGAGAUCCGCAAGCGUCUCGACAGCGGUCAUUGUACCCAGAAGGAGCUCGACAGUCUUUCGAACGAAUGCAUGGAUGAGUGUGUCGAACUCUGCAGUGACUACAUUGGUAACACGGUGAUGCAAAAGUUGUUUGAGCGUUGCUCGGAGACGCAAAAGACAAAGAUGUUGGAGUUGAUUGCGCCCCACCUCGCCUCGAUUGGUGUCCACAAGAACGGAACAUGGGCCGCUCAAAAGAUUAUCGAUUGUGCCAAGAGCCCCGCUCAGACCGAGUUGAUCUGCAAGCACGUUCGACCCUUUACGCCUCCAUUGCUGCUCGACCAAUUUGGAAACUAUGUCGUCCAGUGCUGCCUGCGUCUUGGACAGUCCAGGAACGGUUUCAUCUUUGAGGCGAUGGCGGACAAGUUUUGGGAGAUUGCUCAGGGUCGUUUCGGUGCCCGUGCCAUGAGAGCCUCACUUGAGAGCCAGCAUGCCAGCAAGCGUCAGCAGAAACAUGUUGCGGUUGCGGUUGUACAGAAUGCGUUGGCAUUGGCUACCAACCCUAACGGAACGUUGAUGUUGACGUGGCUUUUGGACAACUCUCAGUUGGCAGGACGAUACCGUGUCCUUGCUCCCCGCCUUGCACCCCACAUGGCGACCUUGGCAACACACAAGCUAGCUUCAUUGACGAUCCUCAAGGUCAUCAACCAGCGACAGGAACCUGAUGCUAGCGAUAUUAUGAUCAACAGCAUUGUGCACUCGAGCCAGGAUCAGGUGUUGGUCGAGAUCCUCGGCGAUCAGGUCCACGGUGUCAGCUUGAUCCAAAAGAUCCUGGCGUCGCCCAAUGUCGAACAGCAGCAGAAGCAUGCUUUAGCCGAGAAGGUCAAAGGUGUCUUGUCUAAGUUGAGCGCACAAACUGUUCAGGGAUGCAAGCGGUUAUUGGAGGAGGUUAAUUUGGUCUUAGGAGGCGAUGGCUCGACACCGGAUCACCUCAAGUUGACCCCAGGUGCAGGAGGAUACCCACCAGCAGAGUACGCAGCCUCUGCUGCCAGUUUCUACGCGGCCAUGACGGCCAGCCAGCACCAGUUGCACGCACCUUCAGUGCCCGGCAGAGAUGGUGCCUCUACGCACGAGUCUGGAUCGGGUAUGAACUCUGAGGGACAGGACGGAAACCAUGCGACUGGAUCGUCAACGCCAUUGACACCUGGCGGUCACCUGGCCUCUGGCGCGAUGGGCCAUGUAGGAGCCUACUCGAUGCAGCACAAUCCUUAUUAUGCGAUGCCCCACAGCCAGGUCUAUGGUCACUACCCUGGCCAGAUGUCACCCUACUAUGGACCAGGAGCGGCGUUUAUUCCACAGCCAAUGACGACGAUGGGAUACCCCGGAAUGAUGCCCCAGGCAGGAUUUAACCCGUAUGCGGCAAUGGCACCUCCAGGCAUUGGCGGCGGGCUGCCUCAUCCUGGUCUUGCCGACGGGUCACAGUUGAAUGGAUCAGCAGUGUUCCUGCAGCAGCAGCAGCAGCAACAGCAGCAGCAGCAGUUGUACCACAUACAGCAACAACAACAACAGCAACAGCAGCAGUUCCAACAGCAACAGUAA